AUGACUCAUCCUGCUGCCAGGCUGCAAGUCCGCAAUGCCAGUCAUCUGACGCACGUCAAUUCCCACGGCAAGGCCCAAAUGGUGGAUGUGGGCGGAAAGGCGUCCACCACCAGAUUAGCUCAAGCGGAGGCCACUGUCCGAGUGGGCGAGCAUUUAACCCAGUUAAUAGCCGCUAAUGAACUGGCCAAAGGAGAUGUCCUUACGGUAGCCCAGCUGGCAGGCAUCAUGGGAGCCAAACGCACCUCAGAACUCAUACCCUUGUGCCACAACAUCAGCUUAUCCUCCGUAAAGGUAUUGGCCGUCCUACAGAAGAGCACUCAAUCCGUUCAUCUAAAAGCAACCGUACGCUGCUCGGGUCAAACUGGCGUGGAGAUGGAGGCUCUGACAGCUGUCUCCAUUGCUGCACUGACGGUCUACGAUAUGUGCAAGGCCGUGUCCCACGACAUCUGCAUUACCAACAUCCGACUACUAAGCAAAUCCGGCGGAAAAAGGGACUUUAAUCGUGAGGAGGCCAAGCCAGAAGACUUCGAAUGA